AUGACAAAGAGAACCAAGAAGGUCGGAGUCACCGGUAAAUACGGUACCAGAUACGGUGCAUCCCUCAGAAAGCAAGUCAAGAAGAUGGAAAUCACUCAACACGCAAGAUACGUCUGCACCUUCUGUGGAAAGACCACCGUCAAGAGACACUCCGUUGGUAUCUGGGAUUGCAAAUCAUGCAAGAAGACCGUUGCUGGAGGAGCUUACACCGUCACAACCCCUGCCGCCGCUGCUAUGAGAUCGACUCUCCGCAGAUUGAGAGAAAUCGCUGAGGUUUAAAUGGCUUGGGAUGGAUGUUUGUUUCUACGGGUUAUUUUUUCUGCGGCACGGGAUAGGUCUCACUUAUGAUAUACAAGGGAAAAGCAUCGCGCUGCAUGAUCGAUGCCGAUAUUCGAUGAGACCGGAUAAAGAAAAAUGAAAUCAUACCCUGCCUCAACUUAUGGUCCACAUACAACGAUUGCGAAUUUGGUGUGAAUAUGUGAAAUUGGGUUCCAGAAGGAUUAAUCAAGAUGUCGAUCAACAAUGGUCAUUAAGCGCCGGAGGAACUUCCAAGAUGCUUUGGUUACACGUCAAAGUAAAGACGUCAAAUGCUCAAUACGAUUUCGAUCAAGCCCACCUUUUCAUGAUCGAGUUGACAAUCUCCAUCUAACCUUAUUUUCGGAACCUUCUGUGGCUGUUCUAUUUGUUUUGAUCAUAAUGCUAUCCAAAUAAUUUGCUUCGGCAAGCGCUAAAGCAUAAUAAAUUGAUACUGUGGUAGGUCGACUUGUAGAUCAAAUAUUGGCCGUAUUUGUUUAUGACGUUGGUCUUAAUUCCAUCGUUCUAUUACAAUCCCACAAAACACCAUGGCCGUGUUUAAAUGUGGCUAGAGCCUCAACA